AUGGCUGUUCAUUCUAAAAACGAGGCGCUGAUGUGCAAGGUUUUCCCAUCUAGCUUGGGACCAGUGGCGAUGAGGUGGUUUAAUGGCCUGAAGACGAAUUCCAUAGAUUCGUACAGGCAGCUGACCCAAGCUUUUGGCUCCCGCUUCGUUACAAACAGCAAAGCUCCUCGGCCUUUGAGUGCUUUGUUGUCGCUAUCCAUACAUGAUGGAGAAACCCUAAAGGCCUACUUGGACAGAUAUUGGGAGACGUACAAUGAAAUGGAAGACAAUUUUGACGAUGUCGCCAUUAUCACCUUCAAAAAUAGUCUCCCAGCCGAUCACGGCUUGAGGAAGUCUCUGACUGGUAAGCCUGCCACCAGUAUGCGCCAACUGAUGGAUUGGAUUGAUAAGUAUAAACGAGUGGAGGAAGACCAGUUGCAAGGUAGAGGAAAAGAGAAGGUUAUCCCUCAGGAGAGGAGGGAUUUCAAGUCAGACCGGUAUAACAGCAACCGCCCGAUGAGAGAUUUCGUAGGGCAACCCGGAACAACCAACACAUAG